CAAGCCUUUUUUCUUCUCUAACUAUAAAUAAGAGACUGCAUGCAGAUCUCCAACAAAAUUUUAAUUUUAAUUGAGACACACUUCCUUCAUUUCCAUCAUCUUUAUCAUCAUUAUACCUUCUUGUCUACGUGAAUAAACCAAUGUCUGAGUGCUACUUUUUCCACCCUUUUCUUUUCUCACUAAAUUAAACCCAUAGCCCAUCUUCUUUUCAAAUUUCUUUUACUCUCUUCCCAGAUCCCAACUUCACUUCAAACCUUGAUCUGAUCAAGACCCACCUUCCAAAAAUGCAACUUGGGACACGGGUAUUACACCUUGUUCUCAUAUUUUCACUUCUCAGUGAGUUCUCAGAAAGUGUGGCUCCAAUCUGCUCAGAACAAGACAGGGCCUCUCUUCUGAGCUUUAAAGCAGGCAUUUUGCAGGACACAACAGAUACACUCUCUACGUGGACAAGCAGAGACUGCUGCGAUGGUGGCUGGGAAGGAGUUCAGUGCAAUCCAUCCACAGGGCGAGUAAACAUGUUGCAGAUACAAAGACCAGAGAGAGACGAUGAGACAUACAUGAAGGGCACUCUUUCUCCCUCACUGGGGAACUUGCAUUUUUUAGAGGUAAUGGUCAUAAGUGGUACCAAGCAUAUUACAGGACCAAUUCCUUCUAGCUUCUCAAAUUUAACUCGCCUCACUCAGCUAGUUCUGGAAGACAAUUCCCUUGGAGGAUGCAUUCCUCCAAGUUUAGGUCGUUUGUCCUUGCUCCAGACCCUUUCACUCAGUGGGAACCAUCUCAAAGGACAGAUCCCUCCAACACUUGGGGGUCUUAGAAACCUUAUCCAACUUAAUUUAGCAAGAAAUUCUCUGACAGGUCCUAUCCCUCUUAGUUUUAAAACCCUUGUUAAUUUGCAAUACCUUGAUGUCAGCUACAAUUUGUUAUCAUCAACCAUCCCAGAUUUUGUUGGGGAGUUCAAAAAUUUGACUUAUUUGGACUUAUCUUCUAACCUUCUAACAGGAAAAAUUCCCAUUUCCUUGUUCGGCCUUGUCAAUCUUUUAGACUUGUCCUUGGGCUAUAACAAGCUCGCAGGGAACAUCCCAGAUCAGGUUGGAAAUCUGAAAUCUCUGACAAGUCUUCAACUCAGUGGCAAUCUGCUCACAGGGCAUAUUCCACUGUCUAUAUCAAGAUUACAGAACCUUUGGUACCUCAAUGUAUCCAGGAAUUGUCUUUCAGAUCCCUUACCAGCAAUCCCUAUCAAGGGAAUCCCUGCCCUUUUGUCCAUAGACCUGUCUUAUAAUAAUCUCAGCCUUGGAAGUGUUCCUGAUUGGAUCAGAAGCAAGCAACUCAAAGAUGUCCAUCUAGCUGGGUGCAAAUUGAAGGGAGAUCUCCCACACUUCACAAGACCUGACUCCUUGAGCUCCAUAGACCUAUCAGAUAACUACCUGGUUGAUGGUAUUUCAAAUUUCUUCACAAAUAUGUCAAGCUUACAAAAGGUCAAGCUCUCAAACAACCAGUUGAGGUUUGAUAUUUCUAAAAUAAAAUUGCCAUCAGAGUUGUCUUCCAUAGACUUGCAUGCAAAUCUGCUGGUGGGUUCGUCGUUGUCAACAAUCAUAAAUAACAUGACAAGCAGCUCAUUGGAGGUUAUAGACGUAUCAAACAAUUUUAUUUCAGGUCACAUUCCAGAAUUUGUGGAAGGCUCGAGCUUAAAGGUGCUAAACUUGGGGAGCAACAACAUAUCAGGUCCAAUCCCAAUUUCUAUCUCAAAUUUGGUAGAACUUGAGAGACUGGACAUUUCGAGAAAUCACGUGGUGGGAACCAUCCCUUCAAGUCUAGGUCAGUUGCUGAAACUACUAUGGCUUGAUGUAUCCAUAAACAAAUUAACAGGGCAAAUUCCAAGUAGUUUUUCCCAGAUAACUGGUCUAAAGCAUGCAAGCUUCAGGGCAAACAGGCUGUGUGGUGAAAUACCACAAACUAGACCAUUCAACAUCUUUCCAGCAGUUGCUUAUGCACACAACUUGUGCUUAUGUGGCAAACCUUUACAGCCAUGCAAGUGAUGAAAACAAGGUAGUAUGGGUCAGUUAGGUGCUGACUCUGUAAUAGUAGAUGUGCUCAUGCCUUGUGACCAUUGUUACAUGAGCAAAAUAGAAUAGGCACCACCACAUUUGAAUUAUUUCUUUUCAAGGUCGACCACAAUGCUUUAGUUCUAUUUUAUAAUUCAAUAUUGUUUUAAUAAUAUAUGCUCUCUUUUACAA